GGUGACGCGGCGCGAGCGCCCGCGCAGGCGCAGAGAGCGCGAGGCCGCGGCGGCGUGAGGGGAGCGGAGACACCCGGCGGGAAAAGGGGAAAAAACUGCCCGGGCUGAGGGGAAACGGGACCGAUCUGCCCAGAGACAAUGACGCCAAAUAAGAGUCCAGACACUUCCCUCAUCGACCUGGCUGUGAAGAUGAGGAAGCAGGCUGAGACCAGGAAGGUGGUGCUGGCCUGGGGACUCCUCAAUAUAUCUGUAGCAGGCAUGAUCUACACUGAAAUGACUGGGAAACUCCUAAGCACAUAUUACAACAUCACCUGCUUUCCACUCUGGUACAUUGAAUUUGCCCUGGCAGCCCUGUUCAGCCUCAACGCCCUGUUUGACUUCUGGAGGUACUUCACCUACACAGCAGCACCAGCCAGCUUGGUGACGAGUCCCAGCCAGCAGAUCAUGGGCUGGCUGCGCAAGGCAGCUGUACAGAUCACCCCUCCGCGGGAGGCAGCAGCCAAGCGAGUGCUGUCCCUGACGCCGUCCCCUCCCAUCCAGGGCCAGUGCGUGCUGAGCUACAGCCCCUCGCGCUCGCCCAGCGCCAGCCCCAAGUUCUCUGCAGGCUGCCUGAGUGGCUACAGCCCCCAGCUCCAGGCUCUGGCAGGGACCAGCCCCUCUCACAGCACCUCGGGCACCUAUUCACCCAGCAGCAGCUACACCAAGGUUUCCAGCUUCAGUCACUCUCCCAAUGGAUCUCCCUAUUCCAUGAGUGUUGGACCUGUGGACAGUGCUGGGAUCAGGUCUCACUACCGAUUCUCCCCCAUCCUGUACAACAAUUCCACCUACAAAGACGACUGCAUCACAGAUGUCAAAUCCCUGGACACCUUCCUGAGGAACGAGGAGGAGAAACAGCACCGAGUUCAGCUGGGAAGCUCAGAUUCCAGCUCUCCCUCCAGCAGCCCAACGUUUUGGAACUACAGCCGCUCCAUGGCAGACCACGCACAGAUCCUGAGGAAGUUCCAGUAUCAGCUGGCCUGCAGGUCCCAGGCUCCUUCUGCACACAAGGAUGAAGCUGAUCUGACCUCCAAACAGGCUGCAGAAGAGGUUUGGGCUCGGGUGACAAUGAACCGGCAGCUCCUGGAUCACAUGGAUUCCUGGACAGCAAAAUUCAGGAAUUGGAUCAAUGACACCAUUCUGGUGCCCCUGGUGGAAGAGAUGGAAUCUGUGAGCACUCAGCUGAGGAGGAUGGGCUGUCCAGAACUGCAGAUCGGAGAAGCCAGCAUCAGCAGCCUGAAGCAGGCAGCCCUGGUGAAAGCUCCACUCAUCCCCACCCUCAACGCGCUGGUGCAGUACCUGGACCUCACCCCAAACCAGGAGUAUCUGGUGGAAAGGAUCAGAGAGCUCUCGCAGGGAGGGUGCAUGAGCUCCUUCCGCUGGAACGGAGGAGGGGAUUUCAAGGGCCGCAAAUGGGACACGGACCUUCCCACCGACUCCUCGAUCCUGAUGCACGUGUUCUGCACUUACCUGGACUCCAGGCUCCCGCCUCACCCCAAGUAUCCUGAUGGCAAAACCUUCACUUCCCAGCACUUCAUCCAGACUCCAGAUAAACCAGACACUUCAAACGAAAACGUGUUCUGCAUCUACCAGAGCAGCAUCAACCCACCCCACUAUGAGCUGAUCUACGAGUGCCACGUCUACAGCCUGCCCAAGGGCAGAAACAACAUGUUCCACACCUUGCUGAUGUUCCUGUACAUCAUAAAGACAAAGGAAUCUGGGAUGCUGGGGCGUGUAAAUCUGGGCUUAUCAGGAGUCAACGUCCUGUGGAUCUUUGGGGAAUAAUGGGACACAGCUCUGGGAUCAGCUUGGACUUGAACGUGGAUUUGCUAAAAGCAGGACAAUUAAAGCUCAGCUUUGUGGACAGAGGGAGGAAGUGUCUGUAAUUCCCCUGUGGAUUUUGUCAAGGCAUUACAUAGAACGUUUCCCUGUGGGAAUGAACUCCAGACAGGAGUUCUCCUUCCUGCUCCUCACCUCAACCAGUCCUGCCUAAACUGAGCUUCACUGAUCUCAGACUAAACCAAACCAAACCUCUGGAUGUGCAGCUGGAACAGCCUCCCCAAGGCUGUGCACAGCUGUGAGCCCUUGGAGGGAUAAAGCAACUUGGACAACUUCAGCAUCCAAGAAAUUCCAAGUCCGGAAGCUCAGACUCAGUUUUACUUCAUUUUAUUCUGCAUGAUAAAAAUCAAUUAUUUUUAUCCCUGAUGAUUGGUGUAAUUGUAAUUUCUGACCCCUCAAGACAUUCCUGCAGCUGAAAAGGAAAGACAAAACCAUGUUUGUCUUGCUGAGUUCAGCAAAUACGAAUUUUACUUAUAUUUUUAAUUUUUAUUUUCAUUGUUUUGUACAAAACCAGCGUGGCCUCCCCUCUUAGGGGGCCUUGAGGGCUCUGAACUCCCCAGGUACCUUCACUGCCACCAACUCUCACCUGCCUUUAAUUUUUGAAUUUAAUUUUCCUUCAGCUUUUUUCACUAAUUACCACCUAAUUUGGGAGCUUUAUGCACCUUGGUGGGAAAGCAGGCCCUACACACCCACAGGUUUCUGGGAAUGUCCCUAUUUUGGUAAAAGCACUUGGACUUGCUUCAAUGAAAGGAUCAGUCAAUCUUUGUCAAAUUUCUCUGAGGGGCAGGGGGAGAAUUUGUUGUAAAUUCUGGUAAAUGAGUAUUUUAGAAGUGUAUAUAGGACCAUAAACACACGGAAUCAUUGUACUGUAUUUUUUACUGAGGAGAGGCAAAGUGGCUGUUUUUUGGUGUGAACUGACUGGGUUUGGGGACUCUGUCUCUCUUCCCUGGGGGCCCUGGGUUUUUCCAAGGAACUGGUAACAAAAAGGCUCAUUUGGUUCUUGUAUUAAAUGAGUUUGUUUUCUCAAACA